CUGGAUACAUUUUUUAAAAGCCAAACUGCAAACAACUCUGGCGAUGCCAAAAUUCCCCUCCAAGUGACACGGCUUUGCGAAGGAGGUUUCCUCAGGCUGGGCUCUCUUAUUCGCUCUGCCUUCAUCAACGGCGAUUAAAGGCUUUGCUCUGGCAAUAGGAAUUUAGAAAAAAAAAAAAAAAAAAAAGAAAAAGCUGCGCUAAACUCUAUCGUGACCCCAAACACUUUGGGCUGUUUUUUUUUUUUUUUUUUUUAAAUAUCGAAAAAGAAACCAUCCUAAAAGAGAUUCAGCAUAGGAGGAGAUGGAAGUUUUCCCCUUGCUCUUGGUUUUGUCCGUCUGGUGGUCUCGAACCUGGGACUUGGCGAAUGCGGAUUCAAUCAUUCACAUCGGAGCAAUUUUUGAUGAAUCUGCCAAAAAGGAUGAUGAGGUGUUUCGCACAGCAGUUGGUGACCUCAACCAGAAUGAGGAGAUUUUACAGACUGAGAAAAUCACAUUUUCGGUGACUUUUGUUGAUGGAAGCAAUCCUUUUCAAGCCGUUCAAGAAGCCUGUGAACUUAUGAAUCAAGGCAUCUUGGCCCUGGUCAGCUCCAUUGGCUGCACGUCAGCAGGGUCCCUCCAGUCGCUGGCAGAUGCCAUGCAUAUCCCCCACCUCUUCAUACAGCGCUCAACAGCUGGGACCCCAAGGAGUGGCUGUGGACUCACCAGGAGCAACAGGAACGAUGACUACACUCUCUCUGUUCGCCCACCUGUCUACUUAAAUGACGUUAUCCUGAGAGUGGUCACAGAAUAUGCCUGGCAGAAAUUCAUUAUAUUUUAUGAUAGUGAAUAUGAUAUCCGUGGAAUACAGGAGUUUUUGGACAAGGUGUCUCAGCAGGGAAUGGAUGUUGCAUUGCAGAAAGUAGAAAACAACAUCAAUAAAAUGAUCACCACUCUCUUUGACACCUUGAGAAUAGAGGAAUUGAAUCGCUAUCGAGACACUCUUAGACGAGCCAUCCUUGUUAUGAAUCCUGCUACAGCCAAAUCUUUCAUUACUGAGGUUGUGGAGACUAAUUUGGUUGCUUUUGACUGUCACUGGAUCAUUAUAAAUGAGGAAAUAAAUGAUGUGGAUGUUCAGGAACUUGUAAGAAGGUCAAUUGGAAGGUUAACAAUCAUCCGGCAGACAUUUCCAGUCCCCCAGAACAUAAGUCAGCGAUGUUUCCGUGGCAACCAUCGAAUAUCUUCAACGUUGUGUGAUCCAAAGGAUCCAUUUGCUCAGAAUAUGGAGAUUUCAAACCUUUACAUAUAUGACACGGUGCUUUUGCUUGCUAAUGCUUUUCAUAAGAAACUGGAGGACCGAAAAUGGCACAGCAUGGCCAGUUUGUCGUGUAUCAGAAAGAACUCCAAGCCUUGGCAGGGAGGGCGUUCCAUGCUGGAGACCAUCAAGAAGGGUGGAGUCAGUGGGUUGACUGGAGAAUUAGAAUUUGGAGAGAAUGGAGGAAAUCCCAAUGUCCAUUUUGAAAUCCUUGGAACCAACUAUGGAGAGGAGCUUGGCCGAGGUAUUCGCAAGCUUGGGUGCUGGAAUCCUGUCACAGGGCUGAAUGGGUCACUAACUGACAAGAAACUAGAGAAUAACAUGCGUGGAGUGGUUCUACGUGUGGUGACCGUUCUGGAAGAACCUUUUGUAAUGGUCUCUGAAAAUGUCUUGGGUAAGCCGAAGAAAUACCAAGGCUUCUCCAUUGAUGUUUUGGAUGCCUUAUCUAACUACCUGGGUUUUAACUAUGAAAUUUAUGUUGCACCGGAUCACAAGUAUGGAAGCCCACAAGAAGAUGGGACAUGGAAUGGCUUGGUAGGAGAACUAGUCUUUAAGAGAGCCGACAUAGGGAUUUCUGCUUUAACCAUCACCCCGGAUCGUGAGAAUGUGGUGGACUUUACAACACGCUAUAUGGACUACUCAGUGGGAGUACUACUUCGAAGGGCUGAAAAGACAGUGGAUAUGUUUGCCUGUCUUGCACCAUUUGAUCUGUCUCUAUGGGCUUGCAUCGCUGGCACUGUUCUUCUGGUGGGUCUUCUGGUCUAUCUCCUGAAUUGGCUUAAUCCUCCACGAUUACAAAUGGGAUCAAUGACUUCUACUACUCUCUACAAUUCCAUGUGGUUUGUGUAUGGAUCCUUUGUACAGCAAGGUGGAGAGGUCCCAUACACAACUCUGGCUACUCGAAUGAUGAUGGGGGCUUGGUGGCUAUUUGCACUGAUUGUCAUCUCCUCUUACACAGCAAAUCUUGCUGCUUUCCUCACUAUUACCCGCAUCGAAAGCUCCAUCCAAUCUCUCCAGGACCUCUCCAAGCAAACAGACAUCCCUUAUGGCACAGUACUGGACUCUGCAGUAUAUGAACAUGUCCGCAUGAAGGGAAUGAAUCCUUUUGAAAGGGACAGCAUGUAUUCCCAAAUGUGGCGGAUGAUCAAUAGAAGCAAUGGAUCAGAGAAUAACGUUCUGGAAUCCCAAGCAGGCAUUCAAAAGGUAAAAUAUGGAAAUUAUGCUUUUGUGUGGGAUGCAGCCGUGUUGGAAUAUGUGGCUAUCAAUGACCCAGAUUGCUCAUUUUACACCAUCGGGAACACGGUUGCUGAUCGAGGAUAUGGAAUCGCACUACAACAUGGCAGUCCUUACAGGGAUGUUUUUUCACAAAGGAUCCUGGAGCUUCAGCAGAACGGUGACAUGGACAUCCUGAAACACAAAUGGUGGCCAAAGAAUGGCCAGUGUGACCUGUACUCCUCAGUGGACACAAAGCAGAAAGGAGGUGCCCUGGACAUAAAGAGCUUUGCAGGAGUCUUUUGUAUCCUGGCGGCUGGAAUUGUCCUCUCCUGCUUUAUAGCCAUGCUGGAGACGUGGUGGAACAAGAGGAAAGGCUCCCGAGUCCCAUCGAAAGAGGAUGACAAGGAAAUUGACCUGGAGCACCUCCAUAGACGUGUAAAUAGCUUGUGCACAGAUGACGACAGCCCCCAUAAACAGUUUUCCACCUCGUCAAUUGACUUGACCCCUCUGGACAUUGACACUUUGCCAACACGACAAGCACUGGAGCAAAUCAGUGAUUUCAGGAACACUCAUAUCACCACAACAACCUUUAUCCCAGAGCAGAUCCAGACUCUUAGCCGCACACUAUCAGCUAAAGCUGCCUCUGGUUUCGCCUUUGGCAACGUGCCCGAGCACCGAACUGGCCCUUUUAGGCACAGGGCACCUAAUGGGGGCUUUUUCAGGAGUCCUAUAAAAACAAUGUCAUCUAUUCCUUACCAACCAACUCCUACCCUGGGGCUCAAUCUGGGUAAUGACCCAGACCGAGGCACCUCCAUAUGAGCAUCCAACAAAAUCUCUUCACUGUUUCUUUCGUAGGACUCCCUUUGCGAGGAGCAACUGUAAUAUUGUGGGACUAACAUGGAUGUAACAUUUAAAAAAAAAAAUCAGGAUUAUUAGUAACAAUUCUAGUUCCUUCUCUCCACCUUCUCCCUCUUCUCUCUCUCUCU